AUGGCGGAGCUGGAUGGUCUGCCAACCACGACUCCUACACCCGACCUCGAUGACCUAUUGCCAUUUCAUCUUCACAUUCUCGGCUCCCUUUUCGCCUUGUUCUCAGCUACUCGCCACCACAUCAGCCAGCCAUCGGCACCACCGUACUGCCGAAAGGGGGAAACAGCCUGUGAUGGUGAUGGGUGGGCUGCAUCGAAUCAGCGGUUCCAACGGCCUGGUCCUUCUGAUCAUCGGGGACACAGCAAUCAAUAG